ACCACGCCCCCUCCCCAGCUCCUCGGCUCUCGCAGUCGGAGCUGAGCAGCUGGCGGAGCGGAGCGGAUCGCAGGUUAGCCAUGUCAUCUGAGCCUCCUCCGCCACCACAGCCCCCGACCCAUCAGACUUCGGUGGGGCUGCUGGACACCCAGCGGGCCCGAGAUCGGUCACCGUCCCCUCUUCGGGGCAACGUGGUCCCCAGCCCACUACCCACCCGCCGGACAAGGACCUUCUCAGCGACGGUGCGGGCUUCUCAAGGUCCCGUCUACAAAGGAGUCUGCAAAUGUUUCUGUCGAUCCAAGGGCCAUGGCUUCAUUACCCCAGCCGAUGGCGGCCCUGACAUCUUCCUGCACAUUUCCGACGUGGAAGGGGAGUACGUCCCCGUGGAAGGCGACGAGGUCACCUAUAAGAUGUGCUCCAUCCCCCCCAAGAACGAGAAGCUGCAGGCCGUGGAGGUGGUCAUCACCCAUCUGGCCCCGGGCACCAAGCACGAGACCUGGUCCGGCCAUGUCGUCAGCUCCUAGGAGAGGCCGGAAGCACCCCUUUCUCCUGGGCUUGCGGGAGACUCUGGGGGGAGGAGGCAGGACCAAACUGGAGAUGCCGGUCUACUGCUUGAGAUGGGGCUUCAAAGGGGGGAGCCCGGUCCCUUUUGAGUAUCUCCUGGAGGAAGGGGUGUGGGGGGCAGGCAUGGGGGUGCUCUCGGCCACCAGCACAGCCUCUGACCAUUGCAACAGCCUCUCACCAUCUGAAAAGCAUUAAAAGCAUGGAAAAAGGAGGGGCGCCCGCUGGUGGCUGAGGGGAGGGUCCAACCCCAGCCCGGGGGUGGGUCAGGCGGCGCUUCCCCAACCCAUAGAGUCCUUUGUGCCCCUGGACUGGAGACUUAGAAUCCCCAGGCCCAGUCCGCACUGGGGUUGACCGGGGCCCUGCACGUUUCCCAUGAUGCAUUCUUACCCACGUGGCCACCCUUCUUGUGUCCGUGGCUCCAGGCCCAGACCCUUCCUUGUGGUUGGUUCUAGGGGAACUGGCUUCAUGGGGCGGCCAGGGAGCAGGGAGAGCUGGGCGGGCUCUGGUGCCUUGCAAGUGGGAGGUGACACUACUGGGCAUCAGGGGAAAAGAGUUUCUCUGGGAGCCCUGAGUACCCCCCCUCCUUCCAGCUAUAACGGGCUCAGCUGUAUACUCUCCUAGGAGCCCGGUCUCCUUCCACCCUCAAGGUGAAUGAUUAUCACUUAGAAGGCAUUUCACAUCCCUGGUCCUUUAGGUGGUGGGUGGGGGUGGGAGAAGGGAGGGUCUUUGUUUAAAAUCAGACCUUUGUCCAGAUCCCUCCAGAAGAGAGUUGGUAGCUUGCUUCUGGGCAGGCCUGGUCAAAUCAAAAGUUAAAGGAGAAAUGCACCUUUGGUGAUGGGGUUUUCUUGCAAACCGGUGUUAAGAAAUGCUUAGGAUUUUUUUCUUUCCUUUUUUAAUAACGAAGGCUCUCAGCCAGAGCCAGCCCUGUGCGCACUUCGCUGCCGACAUUUCAAACAUUUGUAGAUAUUUGCCGUAAACACAUCCUUAGGAGUUUCUUUGCGGUGGUUUGGUUUGGCUUUCGUUGUGAUUUAAAAUUAGAAAUAGCUGGGUAAUAAUGUUUUGAGAUAUGGGGCUUAUGUGUAGUCAGGGAACCAUGUGUCAGUGCAGGGAAGUGAACCCUUGAAAGCUUUGGGGCAGACAGGGGUGUUGCAGAGGAGGGAGGGCGGCCUUCGGGUGCCGGGCUGGGGGGAUGCUGGGAGCAGGAAGGCCCUCAUCAGGUGUCUCAGUCUGUGGACCUGUUUGUCUUUCGGUCUGGGGAGGGCUUCCUUUGAAAGGGGUUGGAAGGUAGAACUAUUUUGCUGACGACUAGUGAGUUUUUAAAAUACACAAAUAAGUGUGUUGACUGUGUGUGUGUGUGUGUGUGCGCGCGCGCGUGCGUGCACGCCGGCAGACAGCGCAGUGAAGCGAGCAUUUGGUCUGUUUUUUUCCUGGCCCGUGGGGCCGUGCAAAGGGUUCCUGCGCCCCCUGCCUCCUGCUGGGUCCUUGGAGGCCUUUGUCAGCUACAGGCCACGCUUCCAGAGCUCCUUUUGGGAGGACGUUUGAUGUUGGUGACACAGCUGGGAAUAGCAUCCGGGAUUCCAUCCACAUCUUUCCUCCCACCAACCGCCUCUCUCUCAAUAAAGUGUGUUUUGUGCAA